UAGCAGCCCAGCCACUAGAGAGCAAAGAUCAACUGUUUUGUGAACUGUAACGUUUCUGCAGCGUUUUCUGUGACGAUUUCUGUAACGAUACGCUUAUUUGAAUACAAAGAUGAGUAUUUUGCUGGAAGUCGUGACGACUGCUCGUCAUUUUGCCGACCUCCCGACGUUUCUGGCGGCUACAUGUGUGUGUCUGCUGACAUAUCUGUAUCUCCAGCGGCCCAGAAACCUCCCGCCCGGACCCAGGGGCUGGCCGCUUCUCGGGAACAUCCCAACGUUAGCCAAGUCCGCCUUUCUUCCCGCCACUUUCACGGAACUGUCCAAACAGUAUGGUGACGUCAUGACCAUCUGGAUUGGCGGCACAAUUGCCAUCGUCCUCUCUGGGUACGAGACUAUCCGGACUGCCCUGGUCAAGAGAGCUGAAGAUUUGUCCAGUCGCAAAAUACCGGCAUCCGUGGCAGAUCUACGUGGAGAUGGAACGACAAAAAGUUCAGUUAAAGGUAUCCUGUAUGCUGCCUACGGACCACAAUGGAAACACCAGCGUAAAUUCGCCCUGAUGACUCUCCGGGACUUCGGCUUCGGCAAGCGGAGUUUGGAGGGCAAAGUCAACGAAGAAGCCAACGCGCUAGUUCAAGAAGUUCUCUCACAAAACGGACAACCAUUCGAUCCUAAAAUUAUAAUACAAAACGCUGUCAGUAACGUCAUUUGUUCGAUUGCCUUUGGGGAAAGAUUUGAAUACGGCGAUCCAGAUUUCCUACGACUUAUUCAACUGUUGAACGCCACAGUCGAAGAAAAUGCCUCUCUCGUUGACAAGAUUGGUACGAUAAUUCCCGUGUUUCGAUACCUCAAAGGAAAUUCAAGUCAAGAAAGAAUGGUAAAAAUGUUUCAGGGUCUCCAAGAGUUCUGCCGUGAACAGAUAGAGAAGCACAGGCUGACCUUUGACCCAAACGACAUCCGGGACUUUAUAGACGCCUUUCUGCUGGAGCAGCAGCGGGCUCCGGAGGAAAAAGCUCGGGAGCACUUCACCGACAAGGAGCUGCAAGAGGUGCUGAUAGACUUGUUCUUGGGCGGUACUGAGACCACCGCCACCACCACUCGCUGGGGCCUGUUGUACAUGAUGCUCAACCCAGACAUCCAGGAAAAGGUUCAUCAGGAGAUAGACUCGGUGUUAGGGCAGAGCGCGCCGUCCUACGCACAACGGAACCAGCUACCCUACACAACAGCGACCCUAGCGGAAGUGCAGCGAAUGAAACCCGUCGCGCCACUCAGCGUUCCCCACGCAGCGUCCAGGGACACCGCAUUGAAUGGCUACAACAUCCCUCAGGAUGCCAUGAUUUUUGUCAACCUGUGGUCCGUGCACAUGGACCCUCAGCUGUUCCCGGAUCCGAACACCUUCCGACCCGAACGUUUCCUGGAUCAGGACGGAAACUUCGUCAAACACGAGGCGGUCAUCCCGUUUGGUAUCGGCCCCCGGGUAUGUCUCGGUGAACAGCUGGCCAAGAUGGAGGUCUUCAUGCUGUUCGUCUCCCUGAUGCAGCGUUUCACGUUCCACCUGCCAGAGGGCGCACCUGAGCCGUCCAUGUUGGGAAAGUUGGCCAGUGCUAUCAAUGUGCCUUGCCCAUUUGAGUUGUGUGCAGUUGCACGCUGAUAGCUUCAACAGUAAUGUUCAUGAAAUGCGGGAAGGACAAAAAUGACCUUUUUUGCAAGUUCAAGAUCAUAUCCGAGGGCUUAUUGAAGACAAAGUAAAGUAGUGGUAUACAUAUUAAUUGUACACUUAACAGAGAAGGAAAAUGGGAACUAUAGAUAAAUCAAAAGAGAAAUAACAUCUAAUCUAAAUCUAUUUCUACAUAAGCUAUUUAAUGGGUUUGAAUUCUUUUCCGUAUGCAGUGGGAGAUGAAUUGUCCAACUUUUGCAUAUAUAAAUGGGUUGGGCGACUUAAGUAAGAAUAUUGUUUUUUGUUGGUCGGUCAGAUGAGAAAAGCUUGGGAGAGAUUUGUAGAUUUUAAGGAAAAGUUUGUUUCUUUCGGAAUUGUAAUGUGAACAUUGACAUAUAAAAUAAUAAGCGUGUGGGUGUGCAAAGAAUCUGUUUUAAAGAUAAUAAUUUUCAAGUGAUAGGAUAAAAACAAAUAGAAACACAAGUAGAACUGACAUUUCAUCAUCUUUAAUGCUCUAUUUCUUCUUCUGUAACGAGUUAUGUAUGCACCAAUACCCAGUAAAAUGUAUUGCGUAAAGUGUCUGGCAGAUAUCUUCAAUGCUGUUGUAAAAUGAUUUAAAAAGUACUUAUUAUUGACCUAUCUCAAUCCAAAUGUGUCAUUUAUUAUUUGAGCAGACGCAUACGUAUGAAGUCUUGGAACUAUACUUUCACCUGAAAAAUUGCAGUGAAAUUACAAAUAUAUGUG